AAUACCACCGGUAGCAAGGGGAAUGAGUCGAUGUCGUUUGCAAGCUACGGCGACUACUCGCUUGGGGUCCCCGCGACCGCCUCGCCCUACGAUUCAAAUCCUCAUACUCCUGCCCUCUCACACUCCUUCGAUCACUCGGGUUCUUCCGACGCGGCUUCGGAGCCGGAGUGGAGUGUCUACCCCGCCACCCCACUGUCGAUGGGCUCGCCAUGAGCCACGGCAAAGAGAGGUUUUCAUAACCAACAAUAAAUUUAUAAUCUCAACAAAGCGGUUUCUGGAGUUUCUCAAAAGGCAAGGCUCGGCCACGAGGGGUUGGCUGGGCUGGAGUUUGGAGGAUUGGGCUUCCCAGAGAGCACUGGGAGUGAUGGGGUUUGUCUCCACAAUCACUCCCCACACAAACGCGAACACACACUCUUUGCGCUCUGGCUGCUCGUGUUUUUUGUUUCUUGUUGAGUUUCUAUUUUAUUUUUAUGUUUGAUUCAUCAUGCAUAUAUACCGAUUUACGUUGUCAUGUAUCCGUCAUGAAAGGGCCCCAAGGUCAGAUGGUCAGGGAGAGCAAAGCGUCAUGGGUUUAUCGGUCACGGUUUCUUUUUGAUUGUUUCCUUUUUUUCUCCUAAAGGAAGCAAAGUGCAGAGAGUCAAAAGGUGCAAACAAAACAAUUUCACACGAAACUCAUU